AUGGCCACAACAACCUCAGACCCGAUGAAAGCCCGCAUCAUCACGCACAUGAACGCCGACCACGCCUUCUCCCUCCAACUCUACGCCCGACACUACAACCGCCUCCCGCUCGCCACCGCCCGCACCGCCACACUAGAGGACAUCACCACCUCCCACCUCAUCAUGACCUCGUCCUUCGGCCGCCUCCUCGUCCCCUUGGACCCCCCACUCUCCUCCUUGGGCCAGGCCCGCGACCGCCUCGUCGCCAUGCACAACGACUGCCUCGCCGCGCUCGACGUCGCCGACGUCCAGGUCUCGCGCUACACGCCCCCGAACCGCCUGCACCAGUGGGCCUUUCUCGUCGGCGCCUCCGCCGUGCUGCUCACCUUCCCCUUCCGCGCCAGCCUGCAUCCCGACUCCGGCAGCUGGCUGGCGUGGGCGUGGGGCUUGGGGGGUCGGCUGCCGUGGCUGGCGGAGACGGCGUGGCGCGUGGCGCCGCUGGUGUGGCCCUUGACGCUGGGGAUUCAUGUGCUGGAGGUGCGGCACAUGAUGGUGUCGAGGCUGCGGAGGUAUGGUGUCGAGCCGUUCUCUGCGCUGUGGUGGGCGUGGGUGCUGGAUAAUUUCUUUGAAGGGUUUGGCGCGUUUGCGAGGUUUGAUGAGGUGGUGGCCGAGGAGAGGGCGAGGAAGGGGCUGGCGAAGGUGGAGGUUAGGGGAGAGAAGGGGAGGGAGGCUAGGGAGCGGAAGGCGGCUGGAGGUCACUGA